GAGCUGUGGGAGUCAGAGUCCAUCCACGCUAACGGCGUCUACCUGGCUUUGAAAACUACAGUUAGCUGUUUUAAAUGUUUUAUUCUGUAGCCUCUGUAAACCUUUUUUUUUUAAUUAUUUGCAGGCAACAUAUAUCUAAUUCUGAAGCAAAAGGAUUAUACAUAUACCUAUAUUGUUUACAUUUUGUAGCUUUACUUUGAACUUUCAGAAGUUUCCCAGACCACCGGCUUGUAGCACCGCAGUUGUCAUUAAGACCCGCGACACCGCACAACCUACGCGACAUGGGAGUUGUGAAAUAACGAACUCGAAGAACCUGAAUGAUUUAAUAACAACCUUAAAAAAACAAACAAACAAACAAAAAACAACAGCUCUGUCACCGGCGUCUCAGGUAUCAACCGAACUGUCAUGUGGCGUGUCCUGGCUGCUCGUAUGUUGGUCAUGACGUCGUUCUCAUCAGGGAGGUGAAGGAGAGUACAUGUAGACAUGUAGCUGUCUCCGCUGCUUCACACAGAGUCUUAGCUGCACUUCAGUCAUCACCGGUGUCUUGUCAUGAUGCUGCUUGCACUCGGUCUGACGCUGGUCUUCUGGAUCACACUCACUAAUACGCAAAGCCUGGAGCUCUUCAACUUCACACAAGAAGAUGCGCUCACCUGCAGUCAGGGCCUUACUGAUUGUAACGUAAAGCCAGGUGAUAUCGGCCCAUAUUACAAUGACAGAGUUUAUGUGAGUGGUCUUGCCGCUCAUGCGCUGUUGUGUAGAAGUCAUCGUGGCUUGCGUCCAUGCUUAAGAAUCUGGCUUAAUAUUACAACUGCAGGAACACAUGAGGAAGCAGCUCUGUCCGUAGAAGAUAGCUACAAUGACAAAAGCAGUGAGGACAGGUUAAACGAGCACGGAAGUGGCUUAAAACCGUCCGUUUCCACACAAAUGUCUGUGCAAGUGUGUUACCAGUGCCCAGACUUCUCAGGUUCAAAAGAGCUCACUUUCACACUGCCCUUCUCAGAUGACCACACAAGAGAGAUGUGGAUGUCAUUGAUAGUACAGCUGAGGGAAGAUGAUUUUGGCAGUCAGUUCAUUGUCUCCUCUUCAAACACUCAUAAACCCACCUUCACUGAAUACAUCAAGAUACCUGCAAUAGAGAACGUUUGUUCCCAAGGUCUGGCCAUUGCACAGUGUAAAGUACCCAUUUUGUAUCCAGAAAUCAACCCCAAAACAGGAAUGGCAGAACUACGUGUGGGUGAUCUAGCCAAGGAUGUAGUUCAUGACCUGCAGGCCUGCAAGGAGAUGGAGAAAGAUGGGCCAUGUUUAAGACUAGAAUGGAAGGAGAAUCCGCUGACGAUUCCAAUGAACUCUGUUGCCCCCUGUCUCUGCUUUCAGAUUUGGUGGGUGGAUGGACCUCGAAAGACAUUUUGCCCAUUUUUUAAUAAGACAGUUCUCUCUGUCUCUAAUGUAUCUGUGUCUGUGGUGGAAUCUUUGACUCAUGCUGGAGCAAUGACUAGAAACAGCACUGCUCUUGUUUGGAACAUCAUCGCCCCCUGCAGACUGGAGGCUGAAAUUCAUCUCUGCAAGAAAACUUCAGGCUCAACUUCAAGCAAAGACUGCCAAGUUACAGAUGACUUAAGGAACAGCAGGCGUUAUAUACACAGCCGCCAGCAUAGAAAAUGGAACUUGAAUAGCAAGCAGCAAUGGCAAUUACAAGGCGAGUUUGUUGAAGUUGAACGUCACCCUUCGCUCUGUGUGCAGAUAAAUGUUAAGGGAAUUGAAGGCCAUUUCGACCUUGUCUGCCCUUUCGAAGUUUCCAGAAGUCAUUGGAGUUUGUUUCUGUUGGUAUCUGUGCUUGUCAUGUGUCUGGCAAUUUUGGGAGCCUAUGUUCUCCAGGGAUUACUCAAAGCAGGUUGGAUAUUCAAGUGGCUGAAAAUGGAUAGCGUCAGCAGUAGAGUAGGAGAUGGUCAGGUGGUAUUGCUGUACCCUCCAGAUGCAGACAGUGCUGUUGCAGAGCUGGUGUGUCGCCUAGGCUCGGCUCUCUCCUCAUUGGGAUUCGGCGUCUCUUUGGAGUUGUGGAGCCGCGAGGAGCUGAGCGCACUUGGCCCCGUACCCUGGUUGCACUCGCGUCUUCAUCGUAUGCAGUGCCACGGUGGCAAAGUGGUGCUCGUGCUCACCCCUGCUGCUUGGGCACGAGCUGAGGAGUGGUGUCGAAGCAGAGGAGAGAAGACUGAGCGGCGAGAGAUCUACUCAGAUGUUUUCAGUGCCUCACUCAGCUGCAUUCUUGCUGAUUACCUGCAGGGCCGUGCCGGUGAACGCUUUGCCCUGGUGCAGUUUGAAACACAGCCGGCCGAACCCCCGAAUGAGAGGGGAUCCAUGCCUGAGCUUUUUCGUGGGCUUUCUCUUUUCAGCCUACCUGCUCAGAGUUUGGGAUUUCUGACUGAGAUCACUCAUGGAGCACACAAAGGACGAAAAGAAAACGAGAGAGCUGAGAGCAGAAAAACAAGGGCCGGUGUUUUGAGAGCAGGAGCACGAAUUUUAGCAGGAACGUUGCGAGAGCUAAUGGGGGGAGCAGGAUACAGGUUAGCGGGUGUUUCUCAGGAUUGUAUGGGGUUGGAGAAGGAUGAUCUAUGGGUCACGAUACCUCUGACGCUAGAGCGCUUAACUCCACCUGCUAGUCCUGAGUUACAGAGUGAGAACAGCGCUGUCAACUGAAUUCCUGUAAAUUAGUCUGAAUUUCACUGAAGUGGAGAAGACGAUGGGUGACGUUGUUUUGUCUUAACCCUGACAUUCAGUUUUUUAACUAAGCAAAUACAUGUCCCACUGAGCCAGGCCAUGUUUUGACUCAUUAGCAAUACAACUGAAAGAUCGAUGGAUGGCAUUACAGUCUUACAGCGCCAGGGUCCUGGGUUCAAUCCUGAAUUAGUAUCUGUGCAGAGUUUUGCAGCAUCACCCUGUGUUUGUGUGUGUUUCCUCCGGGUUCUCCAGUUUCCUCCUAGGUGUGAAUGAGUGUAUAAGUGUGUGUGCCCUGUGAUGAUAUGGAAUUCACCCCAUCCAGAGUAAAUUCUCCUGCCUUGUGCCCGGUGUCGCUGGAACAGGCUCUGCAUCUGCCGCAACCCUGACCAGGGUAAAGUGAUUAUUGAAUGAAUGAAUGAAUGGAUGAAUGAAUGAAUGAAACGCGACUAUACAAUAUUUCUUAUGUACAAUUCAGUUAAAAUGUGAAAUAAAAAUAUUAUUGCCAUUUGAUACACACUGUAGCUCCUGGUGAGUUCCUCAGCAAUGUGGUGUUCACCAUCUACCUUUGCCGGGUUUUAAAAGUUGAAUGUCACUGCAUGCAUAAGAAGUGGUUUAUUUGAAAUCUAGCCAUGAAAUGGCCAGUUUUCUUAUUUUAAUUUCUUUCUCCCCUUUUUUUUUUUUUUUUUUUUUUUUUUGGUAAAAGAUCAAAAUUGAUAUAUUUUACUCAACAUUUCCACAGAACAUUGUUAUAUAUAUAUCUUAUACCUGUGAUGAUAUAAACUGUAUGUAGAUUAUUUAUAAAAUAGAUUUAACAAUAACGACUUUAAAUAAAAUAAAACUGCAAUGAAUACGACUAUAAAAUCAAACAGGUACUUUGGGUCAAUGGGACAUCAGUUGCUCAGCAGAGGGUUAUAUGUUCACACUGUUUUGAAGCUGUUGGUGGAUUGUUAAUUUAUACUAUAAACCUUCAUUUAAACACUACCGGAAUAUAAUCUGUAAUCUUUUAUCUAUGCUCAAAUAAAUAUUGUUGUUCAACAACAGCCAGUUACGAUACCUAAAUAUGACAUUAACAUACAGACAGAGACAUGUUUUGCAUGCUGUAGUUAUUUCACCAGUUUGUACAGUGUUGCAUUUGUGUGUUGUCAAAUGUUUUUUUUUUUGUUCUAUGUUACUCCGAAGUGCUUUCUGUUUACCUUAAAAAUAAAUCAAUAAAAUGAAAUAAAUCUU